AUGAAGUUCUCUAUUAUGAUGCUCUCUGGCCUAGCUAUGGCUGCUCCCCUCUUUAACCCAUCCACCUCUGGAACUACCCGGUUCCUCAACUCUACAAACAACCUAUCUCACACCUCAACUGACUCUUCCUCUUCUCUGGUCUCUGUAGCUGGAAUUGUUUCUAACUUAUUCAACUGGAAAAAAAAACCCACAGACUCUUACCCUCCUGAAGUCGUUCUCCCUAACAACGAUAAAAUCUUGGGUAUCCUUGAUGAUAAGUUUACCGAAGCUUUUAAGGGGAUCCCAUUUGCUGAUCCUCCUAUUGGAGACUUGCGAUUCCGUCACCCUGUUCCUUAUUCUGGCUCUCUCAACAAAUUUAAAGCCAAUGAGUAUGGUCCAUCUUGUGUGGCCUCUCACUUCUUGGGUCUUACUGAUCCUACUAAAAAGUUCUUGGAAAUGGUUCCUCCCAAGUUGCGUCCUGCACUUCUUGAAAACCUCAACAUCAAGCAAAUGGAUGAAGACUGCUUGACAAUUAAUGUAUUGCGUCCCAAGGGUACUAAACCUUCUGAUAACUUACCCGUCAUUGUGUGGAUUUAUGGCGGUGCUUACCAGUUUGGAGCCGCUAGUAUGUAUCCGGGUAAUAAGUAUAUCCGCGAUAGCAUUGACAUGGACCAAAAGGUGAUUUUUGUUUCAUUCAAUUACAGAAUGGGUCCGUUUGGAUUUUUGGGAGGUGAGGCUGUCAAUGAAGAAGGCUCAACCAAUGCUGGGUUAUAUGAUCAACGAUUGGCAUUAGAAUGGGUAUCACACAAUAUUGCAAGCUUUGGAGGUAACCCUGACCAUGUUGUUGCAAUGGGAGAGUCGGCUGGUGCCAUUAGCAUUGCACAUCAUUUGGUAUCCAACAACGGUGACUUGAAAAUUAACGAGGAUAGUGACAAGAAGUUAUUUCAUGCAGCUAUUUUCCAAAGUGGUGGUGCAUGGAGUUUUGAUUCUGUAACUUCAUCGCGUGCAACUGAUGCAUUUUAUAUUUUUGCACACAAUGCAAAGUGCAUUGAAAAGCCAAGCAUGGAUACCAUGGUAAGCAUCCAAGAAACCAAUUCCGAAAAGGAGAUUUUGGAAUGUUUGCGCAAUAAAGGAAUUAAGGAACUGAUGAUGGCUCAGAACUUUGACUCAGAUAUUGAUACAAAUGAAAUCACUACACCAGUUCAAGGAUUUACUCAAGGACUUACUCCUUGGAAAGCCGUUUUUGGAUUCAGUCCAAGAUAUGAUGGCAAAUUGAUUCAUGGAAAUCCAAUGGAAUUGAUGGCUCAAGGAAAGUUUCCUAAAGAUAUUCCCAUUAUCACAGGCAACCAGGAAGACGAGGGUACAAUUCUUGCUUCACUUUUUGAAUUCCAUGGUACUCCUGAUGUUAACAACUUGAUGCACAAGAUGUUUGAGCAUGCAACUAGUGAACAGUUUAAGAAAAUUGUGGAAAUGUACAAGGAAGACCAUAAGCAGAAUUCGGAACCCAAAUCUAAAAUUGGCGAGUUGUUGAGCAGUCACAAACGAUUUGCAACAAUUGUGAAUGAUGUCAUGUUCCAGGCCCCCCGUCGUCUUCACUUGCAAAAUACCGCGGAUGUUUCUGAUGGUGGAGCACCUCGCUAUGUAUAUCAGUCGACAUUUCUUCGUAACAAGAUGCCAGUAUUUGGGACAAUGCACUCUAGUGAGCUUUUGUGGCAGUUUUAUCUUGACUUUAAUCCUGCUCCUUCGUACCGCCGAUACUUUAUUUCAUUUGCCAACCACUUUGAUCCCAAUAUGGCAAACACAGGCAAGUAUGAAGAAAAGAAUAAACUGGAAGCUUGGCCAUUGUAUACCAAUAAGGGCAAAGAGACAUUGAAUAUUGGGAUGCGCAAGAAUGAAGAAUCGAGGGAUGUUUUUGCAAGAGAUGCCAAUAUCCAAUAUUUUGUAGAACACCCUGAAGCAAUUCAAAUUUAA